AAAUAAUAAAUGAUAUCUAUUUUAAUUGGAUUGUUUAGUUUAGUAGUUUGUUAAGGUGAUAUAUAAACAACAGUUUAGACAGGUAUAAAUAGUUUAGAAUAAAUUGCAUAGAUUUUUAUAAAUAAUUAUUGGGUGCAGAACCUAAAUAAUAUAUAGAAACAGGAUAUGUUACAUUAAAGGACUUAGAAGAUGGAUAGACAGCUAUGGGAGAAAUGUUUUACCAUAUGUUUUUAAAGCAAGGAACAAUGAGUUUAGACUAAAUAAAAUAGGAUGAUAUUUUAGUAAUUUGGUUAAAUGGUGGUCCAGGUUGUUCAUCAUAAUAUGGAAACUUUUAAGAAAUCGGUCCUUAUUAAAUAAUAGAGGAGAGUAAGGACAAAUUUAAAGUAGUGGAGAGAGUAAUAAUAAAUUACUAUUGAAAUAGCCAUAUUCUUGGAAUAAAUUGACACAUCAACUAUUUGUAGAUUAACCAUUAAGAGUAGGAAUGAGUGGAGCAAAAGAUGGUUUUGUAGUUUCAAAUACUGAGACUGCUGCAAAAUACUUUGUGAAUUUCUUAAGAAUUUUGUAUAAUAAGCACACAAUUCUAUAGAGAACAUAAUUGUAUAUAAUGGGAGAAAGUUUUGCAGGACAUUAUAUACCAGCAAUAUCAUUAUAAAUAUUAAGAUAAAAUCUAACAAUAGUAAAUUUUAAGGGGAUAGCAAUAGGAGAUGGAUGGACCUAACCAUUUUAAUAGUUUUCUUAAUAUGCUUCAUAUUUAUAUACAAUUGGAACAAUAACUGAGAGAUAAUUUAAAAUAAUCUAGGAUGAUAUUGCCAUAGGACAAAAUGCAAUAUUGGAUGGAGAUAUGAAAUUAGCAUAUCAAUAAUUCGAUCUCUUAUCUGAUGAUAAAACAAUAAAUAUGACAGGAAGAAUCAAUGUGUACAAUUUCAGAAAAUACUAAGAAUAAGAUGUAGAGGAUACAACUCAUGAGAAGUUCUUGAACUUUUAUUUAAAGACUUAAUUUAAAGCACCCAAUAGUAAAACUGUAUUUGAAGGAUGUGAUGGACCUACUUAUGAUGCAUUUGCUUUAGAUAUUCCAACAAGUAGAAAGGGUGAUAUUGAAAUUCUACUUAAAUAUAAUAUAAGAGUGCUUCUAUUCAAUGGAUAGUUAGAUUAUAUAGUCAAUACUCCUGGAGCUGUUAUGUGGAUGAGUUAAUUGAAUUGGGAGAAGAUUGGACUUUGGAAAAAUACUAAAAAAGAAAUGAUUGUUGUUGACAAUGAAACUUAAGGAACAUGGAAACAAUAUGAUAAUUUCAUAUAUGCUACCAUUUACACAGCAGGACAUAUGGUUCCUACUGAUAAUCCUGAAGGAGCAUAUGCAAUGUUAGAUAAAUAUUUAACGAUAAAAAAAUGA